GAGGAGGACUUGCGGGCUAGCGGUCUGGCCGAGCGGGAUGAGCGGGCCCGGGGCAGCCGGCUCGGUGCGCGGGCUGCGGGUGGACGGGCUGCCCCCGCUGCCCAAGAGCCUGAGCGGGCUGCUGCACUCGGCGUCGGGCGGCGGCGCGUCGGGGGGCUGGAGGCACCUGGAGCGGCUGUACGCGCAGAAGUCGCGCAUCCAGGACGAGCUGAGCCGCGGGGGCGCUGGCGGCGGCGGGGCGCGGGCCGCGGCGCUGCCCGCCAAGCCUCCCAAUCUGGACGCCGCGCUGGCCCUGCUGCGCAAGGAGAUGGUUGGCCUCCGACAGCUGGACAUGUCCUUGCUCUGCCAGCUGUACAGCCUCUACGAGUCCAUCCAGGAAUACAAGGGGGCGUGUCAGGCAGCGUCCGGCCCAGACUGCACGUACGCCCUGGAGAACGGCUUCUUCGAUGAGGAGGAGGAGUAUUUCCAGGAGCAGAACCCCCUGCACGACGGGAGGGAGCGAAGAUCCCCGAGGGACCCCUCACUGCCCGUCUCCCCGCUCUGCAGCGGCGACUGGAUCCUGGAGUCCAUCUAAAGGGCCCUCUCCGCCCCCACUGCGGGCCGUCCCCGGGCCAGUGGGACCAGUGCCGCCAGUUUAGUUUGCAGGCAGGGAGAUCUGCCUGGGCGCGGGGCCUCGGGCCGUUUCGGGGGCCCCUUUCUACUGAGGUGACCUGGAGGCGUUCAGCAAUCUCCUCACAGCCUGGUGUUGAGGCCCCGCGGCCAAGGAUUUGUACGGAGAGCGUAAUGAGGGGGUCCCUGGAGAAGACCUUCUCGGGUAUUUUGUGCGAGAUGAGAGGACCCGUGUGUAGCUGGCCGCUUUCUCACAGGUAGGGUUUGCCUGCAGUUUACAGUGUAAGAGAGCUAACACUUCCCUGCUGCCCUUCCUCGGUGUGUUCGGCAGCCUUUCCUGCUGUUUCCUGAGCUCUGAAGCCACUGGGUUGAGCUUUAUUUAUUUGUAAGCUGCAUUACUCAUGGUCCAGGUGACUCAGUAAAAGCUUGUCACUGAAACAGUAGACAUUUCAGGUCACACCAAUCAAGAGAACUGCAUUCUCUUAACCUGUCAAAAUUUUUUGUAUCAUUGUUUGUCCAGCAGAUGUGGGAGGAAGGCAGAUAGUACAAAGAUACUUCAAGUGGGGAAAAACACUGGAGCAAGCUGUGUUUUGUAUCACUCACGGCAAGGCGGUGAACGUUUUAGGUUUUAAAGAUUCUGAAUGUCAGCUACUAUGUGAGAAAGCAAACUCUUCCACUCAAAAUGGUCGUCACCUUAAGCCUUACUGUAUUUAUUAAAAUCUUUUAUGCACACUUUACGCUUUGUAGGUUAAAAGUGAGGAUAAAAUGCUAAACUGUC